CAAAGUCAAGAAAAAUUAAAAAAAAAAAAAAAAUCGGAAAAAUCAAACCAAAAAGGGGGCGAUUGGAUUGACCAAUCUUCUUCUUUCUCUCCCGCGAGAGAUUUCAAAUCCCUCCGAUCUACGAUUCUCUCCUCCUCUUCCUCCUCCUCGUCGCCACCACCAUUCUUCCGAUUCCGCAGUGUCAGAUCUAAGUUUUUUUUCUCUGAUUAGUCCUUGAAAACAAGAGUGGAAAUGAUUACGAUUCCGUAUUUGACCGCUUUAACCACGUAUUUCAGCUAUGGAUUGCUGUUCGCCUUUGGCCAGUUUCGUGAUUUCUUCAGGAAGAUCUUCGAUUGGUGGGGUACUACCAAUCUCCAGGGCUAUGCACCGAUCUCUUUAGACUUCGAGGAUUUCUAUACUCGAAGACUGUAUCUUCGCAUCCAGGAUUGUUUUGGGCGACCGAUAUCAAGUGCUCCUGAUGCUUGGUUUGAUGUGGUUGAACGCUACUCCAAUGACAAUAACAAAACAUUGAAGCGUACUGAGAAGAGAAUUAAGUGUCUUAACUUGGGAUCAUACAAUUAUCUCGGCUUUGCCGCAGCAGAUGAAUAUUGCACGCCUCGUGCAAUUGAUUCAUUGAGGAGAUUUUCAGCAAGUACCUGUAGUCCUCGUGUUGAUGGAGGUACUACGACAGUUCAUACAGAACUGGAAGAAUGUGUUGCAAAAUUUGUUGGGAAGCCAGCUGCUAUAGUCACUGGCAUGGGUUAUGUUACAAACUCAUCUAUCCUUCCUGUCUUGAUUGGAAAGGCAUGGCUGAUAAUUAGUGAUUCAUUGAACCACAACUCAAUUGUUAAUGGUGCUCGAGGCUCAGGAGCUACAAUUCGAGUUUUUCAGCAUAAUACACCAUCUCAUUUGGAGAAAGUUCUAAGAGAACAAAUUGCUGAGGGACAACCAAGGACACAUAGACCAUGGAAAAAGAUAAUUGUUGUUGUGGAGGGUAUCUAUAGCAUGGAGGGUGAAAUUUGUAAACUUCCAGAGAUAGUUGCUGUUUGCAAGAAAUAUAAGGCAUAUAUUUAUCUGGAUGAGGCUCACAGCAUUGGAGCAGUUGGAAAAACAGGAAGAGGUGUAUGUGAACUCUUAGGGGUGGAUACUGCUGAUGUGGAUAUUAUGAUGGGAACUUUCACAAAAUCCUUUGGUUCAUGUGGUGGUUAUAUUGCUGGAUCCAAGGAGCUUAUACAAUAUCUUAAGUAUACAUGUCCUGCUCAUCUAUAUGCAACAUCAAUAUCACCACCUGCUGCAGAACAAAUUAUUUCUGCCAUAAAAGUGAUUCUUGGUGAAGAUGGUACCAGUAGAGGGGCUCAGAAACUUGCUAGAAUCCGUCAGAACAGCAACUUUUUCAGGUCAGAGUUACAAAGGAUGGGAUUUGAAGUUCUUGGAGAUAAUGAUUCUCCUGUAAUGCCCAUUAUGCUUUACAAUCCAGCAAAAAUCCCCGCAUUUUCUCGAGAGUGUCUCAAACAGAAUGUUGCUAUUGUGACAGUUGCUUUCCCAGCUACCCCAUUACUUUUGGCCAGGGCACGUAUUUGCAUAUCAGCAUCUCACUCUAGAGAAGACCUUAUUAAAGCAUUGGAGGUUAUCAGUCAAGUUGGAGAUCUGGUUGGCAUAAAAUACUUCCCUGCAGAGCCUAAGAAGCAGCAACAGGAGAAAGGCACAAUCAAGUUGGAGUGAAGAGUUCCUAGAACCAAUCCAAGUGAAUUAUUUAGUGUAGGAGGAGUUUUAGUUUUGAUCCAACUGUUUGAUUGAAGUACCCAUCAUUUUGCAUUGAUUGUCCUAUUCUCUGAGAAUCAGGGAAAGUUUGUAGCAUCCAUAGCAUCAAUAUCCCUAUGUUCCUACUUCCUACUGCUUUAACCUACGUAAUUUCGGUAGUUUAAUGUACAUAUGAUGAUGAAAUUCAUUUUUGUUUUUAUCAAUUUUCCUAUAUAUUACACUCUGCCUCUUGGUCUAAUGAAAGUCCUCCUUUUCC